CAUGCAGAACGCUUUGCAGCAGAAUGGGAUCGUUUCUCAGUUUCAGAGGACUUUACAGUGUUUGUCUGUGACAGUCUGUUCUCAAAGUAAGCAGCAGUUGUAUGAGUCUCAACAGAAACCAGAGAGAACUGCGUUCAGAUGGCAGCAUUUUAACCCACAAACACAUGCUGCAUGUUGACCCAAAGCAGAUCUCAGAUGCACAACAGUCUGGCAUGUUGCUCCGCACCCUGUAUGAAGCCUCUCCCAUGUGGUCGGCAUGCAAGCAGCUGCCCUCCAAUAACACUGAGCCACUAUCCCCACAUGGACCUGUCAUCUGUGGGGCAUUUAAACUUUAAAUGGCCAGCGUGGACAGCUGGGUGUGUGGGAGUGUAUGAACACUGAUGCAGCCUCAUCUGCUGACCAGCAUAAGAGGCUCAGCUGAAGCUUUAACUCGAGGAUAUAUUCCUCUGUAACACCUUCCGCUUCUUUUGGAGUUUUCUGAGCGUUUGAUCCGGUCAUGGGCGCUUUUAUCGCCAAGAUGCUGCUUCCAACCAUCAGCAGCCUGGUGUUCCUGCCGGCAGCCAGUGUGGCUGCAAAGAGGGGUUUCCACACAGAGGCCAUGGUCUACUUCUUCACCAUGUUCUUCACUGCGAUUUAUCAUGCAUGUGACGGUCCGGGCCUCUCCAUCCUGUGUUUUAUGAGGUACGACAUCCUGGAGUACUUCAGUGUCUACGGCACGGCGCUCUCCAUGUGGGUCACACUCAUAGCUCUGGGAGACUUCGAUGAACCCCAGCGCUCCAGUAUAACUAUGUUUGGAGUGCUCACCAUCGCCGUUAGGAUCUACCAGGACCGCUGGGGCUACGGCAUCUACUCCGGACCCAUCGGAUCGGCCGUCUUCAUCAUCACCGUCAAAUGGCUGCAGAAGAUGAAGGAGCUGAGGGCGGUUUAUCCGGAGAAGGCCGUUUACACGCAGCAGGUCGGUCCAGGCUGCUGCUUCGGCGCUCUCGCCCUGAUGCUGCGCUUCUUCUUUGAGGAGUGGGACUACGCCUACGUCCACAGCUUCUACCAUCUGUCUCUGGCUGUGUCCUUCGUGCUGCUGCUGCCGAAGAAGAACCGCUACGCAGGGACGGGGGAAAAUGCUGCAAAGCUCACCUGUUUAACGCUCUGCUGCUGCAGCAUAGCCCCGGGUUCUUCUAAGCAAAAGUCAGAAAAGCCAAAGAAGUCGUCGUCUCGGACGGUGUGGCGAGUCCCAACGGAGAAGCUGUGGACUCGAGGGUCCAGCACCCCCACCCUCCCUGUUUGCAGCCCCCCACCCUCCACACCCAUCAAAGGGACAAGCAUCAGCAAGCUCAAAGAGAUGAACGGCUGGAAGUGAAGUCCUGGUCACUCUGACGACUCCGUAAGACGCUGGAAAGUCACCAAAUACCUGUCAGGACGCAGGAAACUGGCCACCGUGCGGAUUUGCCUUUCCGCUCUGAAACCGCCUUUUGGCUGGUAGACCAUUUAAGCAGCCGUCCCAGGAAUCCAGCAGCCACUGAAGCCAGAUGAUACACAAACAAAAGUGACCCCACGUAAAGUUUGAGGCGUAUUAGACCUCGGAUCAGAACCCGGGACACACACACAGCACCGUCUCUAAGACAGGCGGCCGAGACGAGCCUGUAAAACUGACAGGGAAAUUUAUGAGAUGAUCAGACCAGCAGAUGGUUUAUCUCUCCAAAAUACAUAAAUUGUGUUUAGAGAUGUUCCUCUGGGGGAGACGUUGGUCUGCUCACUUCUUCCCGUCCUCCUCUUUUCCAUCUCUCAGAGAAAGGAGAGUUAUUGGACUGUAAAGCAGAGCUCGGCGUUUUAUACGUCCUGGAGGUGCCAGAGGCGUCCUGAGGAGCAGCCGCCCAGACCUCAGUCUGACUGAGACGUCUUAAUGCUUUCUGGAGCGGCAGGUGGACUCCUGCUGGCUUCUCUGUCUCUGUUUAUCUAACUGCACUCUGUGUGAUGAUAUAUUUAUUACUGUUUGAAUCAUUUGUGUCUGAUUAGCUUAAUGUUGUAUUUUUUUAAUAAACUGGUCUAUUGAGAAUAUAUUAAUAACAGCUUUUAAAGUCUU